UACAACAAUUAUCAUUUCAGUAACAGUGAUAAUAGGAAUUGUGAUCAUUGUCACUUGUGCAUGUGUAAUGUGGAGGAGGAGUUACUGUCGGCCAACUAAAAUAUGGUCCUCAAUCAAGUCAGCAAUGAAAAGAGGCAAGAAAGGUUUCUUAUGUUUCAAGAAUGAUGAACCAUUAGAACAAACAGGCAACAAAGUAUUUGAACAACUGUCACGAGUUAAACUACAGGAGCUGCUCCUGUUUGAUUUCGAAAAGCUUGCAAAAGCCACAAACAACUUCCACCAGACAAACAAACUUGGGCAGGGUGGUUUUGGUCCUGUGUACAAGGGGAAACUGCAAGAUGGACAAGAAAUAGCAGUUAAAAGACUUUCUAGAGCCUCUGGACAAGGUCUAGAAGAAUUCAUGAACGAAAUAGUCGUGAUUUCCAAGCUUCAGCACCGCAAUCUUGUAAGACUUCUUGGCUGCUGUAUUGAAGGUGACGAAAAGAUGUUACUGUAUGAAUACAUGCCAAACAAAAGUAUGGAUGUGCUUAUUUUUGAUCCAACAAAACAUAAACACCUAGAUUGGAGGAAGCGCUGCUCUAUAAUAGAAGGAAUAGCUCGAGGUUUGCUUUAUCUUCAUAGAGACUCCAGACUAAAAAUCAUACACAGAGAUUUGAAGGCAAGUAAUAUCUUGUUAGAUGAUGAACUCAAUCCAAAAAUAUCAGACUUUGGUAUGGCUAGAAUCUUUGGAAGAACUGAAGAUCGCGCUAACACUAAUAGGAUUGUUGGAACAUAUGGCUACAUGUCCCCUGAAUAUGCAAUGCAAGGACUGUUCUCAGAGAAAUCGGAUGUGUUUAGCUUUGGUGUUUUGCUGCUAGAGAUUGUUAGUGGAAGAAGAAACUCAAGCUUUUACGAUGAUGAGCAUUCUCUUACCCUUUUAGGAUUUACCUGGGCACAGUGGAAAGAAGGCAAUACAUUAUCUUUAAUAGAUUCAGAAAUAUAUGAUCCUAACGAUGAUGAAGAUAUGUUAAGGGUCAUUCACAUAGGACUUUUAUGCGUACAAGAACUUGCUUCAGACAGACCCACAAUGGCAACAGUAGUUUCUAUGCUUAACAGUGAUGUUGUCUUUCUUCCUCCUCCAAGUCAACCUGCAUUCAUUCUGGUGCAAAAUGUGGUUAAUUCAGAGCCGUCUGAAGAAAAUCAAAGACUUUGUUCCGUGAAUACAAUUAGUAUUACAGAAAUCUAUGGUAGGUAG